CGGCGGCAGCGGCGGCUCUGCGCAUCACGGGCCACAUCAUCGCGGGGGCCGCGCGCUUCCGCGCCUGCUCAGUGGCGGCGGCGCUCACCUAGCGCGGAGCUGUCACCGCCGCCGGGCUGCUCCGCCCCGCAGCCAUGGACCCCGCGCCGCUGCCGGCUCCGCUCUCGCCCAGAUCCAGUCUUGCUUAUGGAAUUGUUGAAGAUCUGAGAGCAAUGAAAAAACACUUUUGCUUGCAAAAAAGGAACAUUUUGGUCCACGUGUAAGUGUGGCACUUGGUGACUCACCUGCAAGAUUUCUUGGCUGACACCUGAAGAACGAAGUGCUUUUCAACCUGUACUUCUGUAGCACUAUGACUAACUGUAAAGGCAGAUCUACCAUCUCCAAAACAAAUAGCAAAGUCCAUGACAGAGAAGGCUUUGUAAACUGGACCAUAAAUCUUAAUACAAUUCAGUCUGAUAAAUUUUUGAGACUGCUUUUAAGUAUGGUUCCUGUUGUUUACCAAAUAAACCAAGAGGAAAGACACAAAAAGGUGAAUGGUGUCUGGCAAGAUGGAUUGCAACCAGCAGGACACAAUUUUAAUGUCAGGUCGGAGCAACACACAGAGUACCAUCACUUCUCAGAACCAAGCUUUCAUGGUAGCAAUGGACACAGCCCAUCCAGCUGUAGCCCUAAAUAUGAUGAUUUUACCAGUUAUACUUACUGUGAUGGAAUGGACACUUCAGAAACAGAUGCCAUGCUGCAGGAUGAUGCUCUCUCUAGUGACAGUAAUGAAGAAAUUGUGGAAGGAAGUAGAAAACAACCCAAAGAAUCGAGUAGUAUUAUGGCACUGCAGAUACUUGUACCUUUUUUGCUAGCAGGGUUUGGAACUGUUUCUGCUGGCAUGGUUUUGGAUAUUGUACAGCACUGGGAUGUGUUCAAGAAUGUUACUGAAGUCUUUAUAUUGGUUCCUGCGCUUCUUGGUCUCAAAGGAAAUUUGGAAAUGACCUUGGCAUCCAGGCUGUCAACUGCUGUAAAUAUUGGAAAAAUGGAUUCUCCCAUUGAGAAAUGGAACCUAAUAAUUGGCAAUUUGGCCUUAAAGCAGGUUCAGGCAACAGUAGUUGGUUUUCUGGCAGCAGUGGCAGCAGUUAUAUUGGGCUGGAUUCCAGAGGGCAAAUACCGCUUUGAUCAUUCAGUCCUUCUGUGUUCUAGCAGUGUAGCCACUGCCUUCAUAGCUUCUCUUUUACAAGGAGUGAUAAUGGUUGGAGUUAUUGUUGGAUCCAAGAAGACUGGUAUUAAUCCUGACAACGUUGCCACUCCUAUAGCAGCAAGUUUUGGAGAUCUCAUCACCCUUGCCAUACUAGCAUGGAUAAGUCAGGGUCUAUACACUUGCCUUGAGACAUAUUACUAUGUAUCUCCUUUGGUUGGUGCCUUUUUUUUGGCUCUGACUCCGAUGGGGAUUGUCAUAGCUGCCAAACACCCAGCUACCAGAACUGUCCUCCAUUCAGGAUGGGAGCCUGUUAUAACUGCCAUGAUUAUCAGCAGUAUUGGUGGCCUUAUUCUGGACACAACUGUAUCUGAUCCUAACCUGGUUGGAAUUGUUGUUUAUACCCCAGUAAUUAAUGGUAUUGGUGGCAAUCUAGUAGCUAUUCAAGCUAGCAGAAUUUCUACCUACCUCCAUUUACAUAGCAUUCCUGGAGAGCUGCCAGAAGAGGCCAAGGGUUGCUAUUACCCAUGCAGAACAUACUAUGGUACAGGAGUAAAUAACAAGUCAGCUCAAGUUCUGCUUCUCUUGGUGAUUCCUGGACACCUGAUUUUCUUGUACACUAUCCACUUAAUGAAAAGUGGACAUACAUCCUUAACCCCCAUCUUUAUAGCUGUGUAUUUGUUUGCAGCUCUGCUACAGGUGUUUACUCUGUUGUGGAUUGCUGACUGGAUGGUGCACCACUUCUGGAAAAAAGGAAAAGACCCUGACAGUUUUUCUAUCCCUUAUCUAACUGCACUGGGAGAUCUGCUUGGAACUGCCUUAUUAGCUAUAGGUUUUCAUUUUCUGUGGCUCAUAGGUGACAGAGAUGGUGAUGUUGGUGACUAAUUAUUAAUUAUUCCAAUGGAUGCAAUGACUUUUCCUGGAAUAUUGACAAGACUGAUCACUCCACUUGAGGGUCCUCAAAGUGUUUGUUCCUUUUGGUCUAAGUAAAUCCAGUUGGCACAGACAUAAAACAGCCUUAAUGAUUUUAGUUUGGUUUGCUUUUAAAAACUUGGAUGGAGCUACAAUACCUGAGAGCUUUAUUCUGAACCAUUGGUGGUAGCUGAAGAUGUCUGAGUAGACACAAUGAAGGACAGAUGAAUCCUUUAUCAAGUGUCCAGUUGCCUAAAGAGUUGAUGAUACAUUCUUACCUUGCAAAAUUUCAGUGCUGUAGCUCUCUGAGCAUUGCAGACUUGAUACCAAUAAUGACUGUUAUGGUUCACACAUAUUGUCACAGGCUUUAUUUUCUGUAGAAGAAUAUGACCAUCAGCAUUUAUGAAAUGAGACACUUGAAAGGUGUCUGCAGGACUGAGCCCAAUUUCUUUGUGCUAAAAUGAGCAACCUUAUUAUUUUGCUGCUGGGAUUUAUUAGGAAAAAAAAAAUAGUAAAGGCAAAUAAUAAAGUGACACUGACCUGGUCAAUAAUAAUGGCUGAAUGAUUAAAACUCCUUGUGUUGAAAAGUGUAUGUUCAUUUAGCAACUGAAAAGAUGUUUAACUAACUGAUAUUAAUGGUGUUGUGAUGGCCAGUAUCCAAUUUUAAUGAAGUAUUUAGAGGUGUUGAUUUAACUGUAUAUACUGAUCCCUGCUUGAAACUUGCAGAUGAAGUUUCCUUUACAGGCACUUAGGAAGUUACAUAAACUUCUCAAAUUGCAGAGCUAUGUCAUCAAUUUCUAAGCAGAAACCUCUGCUUUCAAGCCAUGCAAAUAACAUGGUCAAUAAGAAAAUUUAGAGCUUCUCCAUGAUUUCUUUUAUUUGUAGACCUGAAUACUUCAAAUAAUACAUUGACCAUGAGGAAUCUGGUUGCCAUUUUGAAAAACAAGGUACUAAUUGCUCUAUUUUAAAAUCUACCAGUUCCUCUCAGCAUAUGUUUUAAAAGACUCUAGCAUACAUAAUAAAUGCAUAAUGAAAUAAAUAGUAU